UCAAGUACAGCAAUGUGUUUUGAAGCAUUAUGGGAUUAUGGGACUAGAGGGAGGAGCGAGAUAAAUGAGCUUUAUGAUGGAAAACUUUGGGCAGAGAGCUGCCAGAGCUCAGCAGACUCUCGUCACCUUUGCUAUCUCUGAUAAUGGAGGCCCUGGAAGGAGCUGAACUCUGCUUUCCACAACUACUCAACACCUCCUGCAGGAAGCCACUGCAGCAUCAUGCUGAGACCAUAUUCCUUUACAUCCUGCUGUCUUGCAUAUCUUUGCUCACUGUGGCUCUCAACCUGCUGGUCAUCAUCUCUAUCUCCCACUUCAGGCAGCUCCACACCCCCACCAACCUCAUCCUCCUCUCGCUGGCUGUCUCAGACUUCCUUGUUGGCCUCCUGCUGAUGCCGGUUCAAAUCCUCCUUAUUGGGGGCUGCUGGUUUUUGGGGAGCUUGAUAUGUGGACUAUAUUACUGUACCUCUUAUAUCCUUACAUCUGCCUCAGUAGGAAACAUGGUGCUCAUAUCAGUUGACAGAUAUGUGGCCAUUUGUGACCCUUUGUGUUACCCCACCAAAGUCACUCAAAAAAGAGUUAAAAUCUGUGUUUGUCUGUGUUGGGUAUGUUCUGUGUUCUAUAAUGGUGUGAUACUGAUUGACUUCCUGAAACGUCCAGAUAGAUAUAAUUCCUGCUAUGGAGAGUGUGUAGUUGUAAUUAACUUCAUAACAGGAGCUGUUGAUGUCAUGUUGACCUUUUUUGGCCCCAUUGCUGUCAUCAUAGUUCUGUAUAUGAGAGUAUUCGUGGUGGCUGUGUCUCAGGCUCGAGCCAUGAGGUCUCCUAUUGCAGCUGUUACACUCCAGGGCUCAGUUAGUGUAACUGCUAUGAAGUCUGAGAGAAAAGCAGCCAGAACUCUUAGUGUUAUUGUGGUUGUAUUUCUAAUAUGUUUCUGUCCUUAUUUUUAUCCCUCUCUUGCGGGCCAGGACACGUCAACCAGUGUGGCAUUUUCAAUUUUUGGGAUCUGGCUACUUUAUUGUAACUCCUGUAUAAAUCCAGUGGUCUAUGCUUUUUUCUACCCCUGGUUUAGGAGAUCUAUUAAACUAAUUGUUACACUUCAAAUACUGCAGCCUGACUCCUGUGAUGCCAACAUACUGUAGAGAUGUCUGUAAUGUGACUAAAAUGACAGAAAAGUUUGAUGUUGCUACUUUACCAGUCAACUAAGUGCUCAAGGAACAAAGGACAAAAUGUAAAAAAACAACAACUUGGCAACACUGACUGACUGAAGAGUCUGCUCUUUAUUAAGCUGUGUUUUAGCACAGAACCUUAGUCUGCAUUUUUUUACUAGGUAAAUAAAGAGCAGAGUCUUCCAGCAUGUCAUUUUUCACGAGAGAGAGUUUUUUUUCUAUGAAAGUGGAAAUAGUGUUCAUGACUUUGGGUCACUGAAUUCAACAAUCUUACAUUAGCCGGAUUGGAACAGGAAAAUAUUUUUAGCUAAAAUACCCUGAAGUUGUAUGUGAACUUAUCAUGACAAUUUAUUCUGAUUAUGUGAACUAACCUACAUGAAGAAUAGAGAAUUGUUUACUUUUCAUGUUGUUGAAGUUGCUUGCCUGGUUUUCAGACAUGACUAACAC